AGGAACCAAUCGGGGCUUUUCCUUGGCUCGGUGUUCUUUCCUUCCCGGCGUGCCCCGCGCGCCUCCUCCUCCUCCUCUUUCGCCUCAGCUCAGCGCCGCCGCCGCCAUCAUGGCGUUCACGUUCGCGGCCUUCUGCUACAUGCUGGCUUUGCUCCUCACCGCCGCCCUCAUCUUCUUCGCCAUUUGGCACAUUAUAGCUUUUGAUGAGCUGAAGACUGACUACAAGAAUCCGAUAGACCAGUGUAAUACACUUAAUCCUACAGUUGAAAAGGUUAAAAAGAUUAAAAGAGUCAAAAUUGCCUUAAAGCUUGUCCUUCCGGAAUACCUUAUCCAUGCGUUCUUCUGUGUUAUGUUUCUGUGUGCAACAGAGUGGCUCACGCUCGGACUCAAUAUGCCGUUAUUGGCUUACCACAUUUGGAGGUAUAUGAGUAGGCCUGUGAUGAGUGGACCAGGACUAUAUGACCCAACAACCAUAAUGAAUGCAGAUAUUUUAGCAUAUUGCCAGAAGGAGGGAUGGUGCAAACUAGCAUUUUACCUUCUAUCCUUUUUUUACUACCUAUAUGGCAUGAUUUAUGUUUUGGUGAGCUCUUAAAUGGUGACGUCUGAUGGACUUGGUUCCAGCAACGUGCAUGCAGAAAAGCCACAACAAAACAAAGGAUUAUUUUCAAAGAAUCUGGUAUCAAGAUUAAGUUAUGGAAUCUGGUGAUCACGGUUUCAGUAGGGGAAAAUGAUAUCCUCUCUUCUUCCCCAUCCCAAAAUGUGUCUAAACUUUAAUACUUAUGGAAAGACUUUUAAAAUAUAUAUAUUACUGGGACAUAUAAAGUGACAAGUAUUACAGUAAUAAGUUAAUGUAAAGAAGUUGGCACUGGCUUUGGACAGUUUUGACCCUGCACUCCAAAAGGAACAGCUAUACCUUUGGUUAUAAUUGUAUUAAAUACUGUCCUUAGUAUAAUAGAGGGCUUUGUUUUGUUUUGUUUACUGGACUUUUUAGUGGCUCAAUUGGCCCAUGGACUCCCAUCUAGCUGUCAGCUGUAGGUACCAAGUGUUUCUGAAGGACUGAACGCUUUUCUGUAUGUUAUAUCUUAGGUAACCUUUAUGUGUCUUAUAGAUGAAUACAUGAGUACAAUCACAGAAAGAGUUGUAGUUCUGUUUCUUACUACUUGGAUAUUCUGUCCCUGUAAUGUGCAUGACUCAAACUUUCCAUGUUUACAGCAAGUAAUGAAGUUGAUGCCCCAUGUUUUAAUUUUCUAUGGUAUAUGGCUAUGCUUGGGAAGCAAAGUGUACAUUUUUAAAAGCAUAUUGUGUACCAGUCUCAAAUACCAUUUAACCUGAAUCAAACCUGGUAACAAAGGUAGAACUGCAUAGAGAGGCACACUUGCAACAAGGUUGGUUAUAUAUCUUUGCUGUUCCUUAGUGCAAUACAAUAAAAGUCUCAAAGACAUAAAUUAGUUUACUUGCUUAGGUUUUUGUCAAAACUCUGUAACUGUAAAACUGGCUCUUAAUGCAUUGCUAUUAAGCACUACUGUUCAAUUUUUAAAGUGAGUGACAGCUUCAAACAGCUUGUGCUAAAUAGUUGAACAGCAAGGUAGAAGACAGUUGGCCAGUUUUCAGUGGAUGUUUGCUGGAAAUCAUACAAAGGUGAACUUCAGUCUGACUCUUGAGAACAGUGUUUGGCAAAAGUGUAGACUUCGUAACAAAUUAUUCUUUUUCUCUGCAAGAGAUGUAUAGUGUUCACCCUUGGAUUGUAUUUUUAAAUCAAUUUGGAUCAUGAAUGUUCUUGGGGAGAUAUCAAGUACAACACAGCAGAUUGAACUUAUAAGUAUCUUACAGUUAUCUGUAAUAGAAGUCUACUCUGUUGCAACAACCAUUCCUCUUAUUAAUGCCCUUUGGAACAGAAGACUUCUUGAGUACAAGAGACAACUUAAAGCCGGACAUUUGGCUUUGUACUUAUCUUAGGUCCAAUGAAGUCAAGCUUACAUAUUUCAGAAAAUUAACCAAUUUUCUUGGUUAAUAAAGAUGGGAUGAAAUAAGGGUGAAAUAGAGGCAUCUCAUACAGAGAUCAUAUUCAGUUUUGACAGUCAUGAUUAGGUAUACAGCUGCUGUCUUCAGUUUUCUUAGGUUAAUAGUAGGUGGCAUGUAGAAGAAGCUACUGUAAAGUUAUAGACAAAAUCAUGCCUAUUAUUUGUGUAAUGAAGUGUAUCUGUAUAUUUUUUUAAAUGUCAUAUAGUUUGAGCAUCCCUUAACUGGAAUUCUAAUAUACUCAAAAAUCCCCUGCCUGGGUGGCUGAGAUACAACCCCUUUUGCUUUCUGAUGGUUCAAUGUUAUAUGCAAACUCGGUUUCGUGCACAAAAUUAUUUUUAAAAAUAUUGUGCAAAAUUACUUUCAAACUGUUUGUAUGUGAAACAGCAAUUGAUUUUGUGGGUCCUAUCUCCCAAGAUAUGUUAUUAUGUAUAUGCAAGUAUUCAAAACACAAAAUCCAAAACAUUUCUGGGUCCAAGCAUUUCGGAUUAGGGAUGCUCAGUCUGUUUUUCUAAGUGGGGGUGACACCUGCUAAGCUUCUUCCUCCACAGUUUUCUCAAAUUGUUUAAUAGGUAAUUAGGUGCUGCUAUGAAACUGCCUUGACUUGUGCCUCUCUUUAAAACACUCUGCUUUUAUUCAUAGGAUAGUUUACAUUCCAAUUUCUACAUGCACAUAACAUAUUUAACACUGUUGUAGUUCUAAAAUGUGUUGGGGGUAGAGAAUAUAAAAUCUAUAUGCUUCAAGGAUAAAAAGUUAAGAACAGAAUUCAUGAAGUCACUGUUGUAAAGGGGCUGGAAUUGUACCUGAAAAAAAUGUUACUUGCUUCUAAAUGAUAUGCACUGAUCUACUGAAAUCGGCACUGCACGUUUUCAAAGUGAAUUUAAGCUGUAGGAAGACGAUGUUUAACAAGCAGACCACAAGAAGCAAUAUCUAUUGAAAUAUCUUGAUCAAGAAGGUUAUGGAAUUUAAAAUAAAAGAUGAGCAGCUGCCUGGGAAUAAAAUAGAGUUGUUAUGUUUAGUCUGUAAAUCAGAACAAAACCUACAGUUUGACAGUAACUUGUCCCAAUAAAAGUAAUCUGAGUAAUGUA